AUGGACCAAUCCAAUACAUCAGGAGUGACUGAGUUUGAAUUGCACAGUCUUUCGGGCUCUCAAGAGUUACAACUUUUCUAUUUUGCAUUUUUCACACUGUUCUAUGUAACCAUUGUAUUGGGAAACCUCCUCAUUGUGCUCACAGUCAUUUCUGAACCAGCACUGCACACACCCAUGUACUUCCUACUUAGUAAUCUCUCUUUCAUUGAUGUAUGUCUAUCCACAUUUGCUGUCCCUAAAAUGAUUAUUGACUUCCUUAUGGAGCGAAAGACCAUCUCUUUUGAGGGCUGCAUGGCUCAGAUAUUCUUUCUGCAUGUCUUUGCUGGUGGUGAAAUGAUGCUUCUCAUGGCCAUGGCUUAUGACAGAUAUGUAGCCAUAUGUCGACCCCUACAUUAUGUGUCCAUCAUGAAUGCACAUAAGUGCAUAGGCCUUGUGGUGGGCUGCUGGCUUACUGGGGUUCUGCACUCCUUAAGUCAGUUGGUCUUCAUAGUUGAUCUUCCAUUCUGUGGUCCAAAUAAAGUGGAAAAUUUUUUCUGUGACCCACCCCUGGUUAUCAAACUUGCUUGCACUGAUACGUACUUUGUUCAGGUACUGAUGCUCUCAGACAGUGGUCUAAUGGCCAUGCUGUCCUUUGUGGUCUUACUCAUCUCAUACAUGGUCAUCCUGUUGACCAUGCGACGUCGUUCCUCAUCCAAUAUGGCCAAGGCACGGGGCACCCUGACUGCCCACGUCACUGUGGUUACCCUCUUUUUUGGGCCCUGCAUCUUCAUUUAUGCUUGGCCUUUUAAUGACUUACCAGUGGAUAAGGUUCUUGCGAUAUUUUAUACUGUUUUUACCCCUAUCUUAAACCCUCUGAUCUACACCUUAAGAAAUAAGGAGGUGAUAAUAGCAAUGAGAAAACUGAGGACUCGGCAAGUGAGUUCUUAA